ACUAUGGAGUAGGGAGAGAAUAUUUAAUUUUUUUGUUUACAGACAAAUAUUUAGAAAAAAAAGUAUCACAUAAAAACAUGUUCUGUACUGUUUUGGUGUUCGAUUCGAGUGUUGGUGUUCUUUGCCUAUCCAGGCUAAGAUUAGAUUUUCUCAUAUACUUAUUGACGAGUGGCUUCAUGUGAGAAAGUUGUUGAGUUAAUAUGUUGACUUGUGAAGGCCAAGAUAACUAUGCAAGAAAGAUUUAUCUGGCCUCCAAACUUUAUCAUGCCAUCGAGGAGAAAGAUCUCAGAGAUGUAAGAUUUUUCCUGGACAAAAAAGCCGAUCCAAACUUCAAGCAUCCUAAAAAAGGAUUUGCCCCUUUUCAUUUGGCUGUGGGCGAUGACUGUCCUGAUUUUUCUUAUAAAGUUACUUUGCUUAUUUUGCAAAAUGGAGGAGACCCAAAUUUAAGGGCACAAUAUGGUGUUACACCUGUGCACAUUGCAGCAUCACUUGGUAGAGUAGACGUCCUCAAGCUGUUGCUAAACAGCGGUGGCGAUCCAGAAGCUAAAGAUGCUGAAGGAAACACUCCUGCUUACUAUGCGUGGCGAGAGGACUUUUCUGAUUGUCUUGUUCUACUGAGUGACUAUGCACCAAUUAAAAACGAUCUUAUUGAGAGCGAAGAGAAAGAUGCUUGUCGGAGCUCCUUAGAUAAGAUCAUCAUAGACUGUGGAGAUUUGGUGAAACAAUACGACAUAAGCUCGAAUGACAGUGUUGUUGGUGACCAAGAUCAGCUGAAAUCUCUACCCCGAAUCAAUGCUACUGAGAAUAUCCUGAAUUGGUUUUCCCAACAACAACAAGCCUCUACUAGCACUAGUUCAACUAUAACAAGUACCAAUAAUUUUGUUGGUAACAGUUUCAAAUUAGACUGGACGGACGAUUCUGUUGUAGAAUCUGAUGGAGACGAUAGGGAAGCUAAGCGAUACGACCACCGGUUUAUUACAUUCAGAAAGGUCUACAGAAAAAGCCGCAGCAAGAGCUCAAGGUCUUCUUUGUCUAAAACGGAACCUCCCAAACUUGAACAAAGCUCUAAUGUAUCUUCAAAUAAGAAAUCAAUUUAUGUUAGUGCCAAUAACGAAUUUACUCACUUGACAGGGUACUCUAAAGAAAGUGGCAUUGUAACAUUAGAAAGUACAUCGCUUAAGCAAUCAAUGAAUGAGCCUGCACAACACAGACAAAGCAGUGAUUAUUUGUCUUUUACAAAUGACAGUAUUAAUGUACUAGAAAAAAAUAUAGAUGAAGUGAAUUUGAGUGAUCAGGAGGAGGAACAAUUAUUGAAUAAUAAUAUCUGUGAUAGUGGAGAAGGGGGUAGUAAUGGAAGCAGUACUGAGCUGAGUUUUGUCAGCGUUUCAGAAGUUUAUAAACAUGUGGAUGAAGAGCAAGGGGUUACUUUAUAUGAGAAAAGACUUUUGAAGACCUCUGGGGAAACUGCCAAAAGUGUCCGAUCGUCGAUUCUAUCUUCUCAGUCUCUAGCAUUGGACUAUGACAGUGACACCUUAAGACAAGAACUUACCAGUUUGGGACAUAAACCUGGCCCAAUAACUGUGACUACUAAAAGGGUUUAUUUGAGGAGACUUCAUAGCCUUAAAAAGCAUCCAGUUGCAUACGUGAAGGAUCAUGAAAAUGAAAUUAACAAGAAAGUGUAUUCACCGGAGCUUGAAAAAACCCUAAAAAAACCAGACUGGUGUACAUCAGACUACAAAUCCUUGGAACAAGAAUUAGCAAAACAGUUCAGUAGUCCAGACCCAUCCAGAAAAUGGCGAGAAGGUGUUAAUAAAACCAGCUUCACUUAUCUACUACUAGAUCCAAGAAUAACCAACGAUUUGCCCAAUAGGAAGGACAGAUUGCAACCCCUAGAAGUCUGGAACACGUUUGUAUCUUCGAUUUUUUAUGUUGGCAAAGGUAAAAGGACGAGACCCUUUCAACAUCUAUACGACGCCAUGGAUUUAUGGAAAAAGGGCCAAUUUCAGACCUCAAAUACCAAAUUACAAAAAAUCAUGGACAUCUGGCAAAGUGGGAGCGGAGUGAUUUGCCUCAACGUUUUCCAUAACAUAAUUCCUGUGGAGGCUUACACUAGAGAAGCUGCAAUGAUAAGUGCAAUAAAAAAGGAGAAUUUGACCAAUUGUAAGUCGGGAGAGUUUUAUGGAGAAUCCGUGACAUGGACCCAGAAGAAACAGAGAAUGUUGGGGGUGUACUUAUUGCACAAGGCCAUGAAAAUAUUUUUCAGUGAGGGCGAGAGACAAUUGUGUCCUAGGGAUAUUGAUUAAGCUUAAUUAUUGUUGAAUAGUACAAAGACUGAUAAAGAGAUGAUUUUUUUUAUUGAAAUAUAUAUGACUGAAAUAAAUGUCUCGUGCUUUGGUAAUCACAAAUUAAAUAAAUUUUUCUAAACAAUAAUUCUAAUUGAAACCAUUCAAGCUAACUUGUUUGUGAUUGCUGCAGCAAUAGAC